CUUAAAUGAUCUUAUCUCUGAAGUUUCCUCCUGUUUCUCUCUCCUCUCUCUCUCUAGUCUGAUAGACUGAAACCUGUUCGUCUCCAACCGACGUCUCUCUUUGCCUUCUACGUCUCAUCUUUGCCUCCACUCACUCUUAUGAGGAGGUGACCAUGGCGGCAGUGAUAAGGAAAUUUUUCAUUGCAUCAAUGUUUAUGUGGGUAGCUCCUGUUGCAAUAUUAUACGCUUUUAACCACGAUUUGCUUCCUGGUGCAGAUCAACUAUCACCUUAUUCUCUAACGGUGCUGAGUGGAUUCCUUGCUGUCAUAUCAGUAAACAUAGUUAUCGCCUUCUACAUUUUCAUGGCAAUGAAGGAACCUUCAGAUAAACAUGAACCUGAUCCUGCAUUUCUUGCAGAGGCCAAAGCUAGUGUCAGACAGUCCACAGAUAAUCCUGAUUCCCAAAAGAAGGAAGAGUAAAAAUACACAAAUUCUCUGCCUUUUCCUCUUCUAGAAGAGGGAUAUUGUAUUGGAAUGCUGGGGGCUCUAAGGAAGUGGAGGUUUUAUGGCACCAUAUUGUCAUAGGUUCAGCCUGCUCUUCAUAUCAAUGUUUAUUUUGUAGCAGAGGUUGGUUUGGAAUCAUACUCUUGUACCAUUUCGUGCACAUUAUCACUGUUUUGGUUUUUCAUUGAAUUGAUCCUGCAUUUCACAUGAAA